AUGACAAGUUCCUCUGACCAUGGAAUACUGUGGUUCAACAAGUCCUCUGUCAAAAUCGGCGAAAUAGAACGCUAUGUUAUCACUUUUCAGCUAUACGAUGACGAGAACGGGCUACCUGCAGACUUGUCGCUCAAUUCCCUGUGGUUAAGGAUUCGAAACAUCGAAAAUGUCACCUUCAGAGCAGCUUACCUUAUGGGUCCAUACCUGCUGUACUGCGAUGUGAGAACCGCAGACUACCAUCAUUCUCAGCAUCUUUUCGUUUCUGCCGAUCAACCCAAAUUUGAGCCCACUCUGCAACCACAGCAGGACUUCUACGCCGAGCUUUCUUUGCACAAUCUCAAGAAAACUUACGUUUGGAUCGUAGAUGUAGCAAGCCAGAUCAUUUUCACUAACACCAGCCAGAUCGGCUUCGAGAUCUCGAUUGGGUCGUCUAAGAAGAGUCUGGAAAAUGCUGAGCUCAGCUCGCAUCCACUGGCAAGUUCAUCUUUCUCAAAGCUCUCUGUGACACGUCUGGACACGUUAGAUCAAUGGAAUCUCAAUGAUCACAUUUCCCCUCAUGCGAAUCAAAAAGAACAUUUAGUCGUCUUGACCCACGGACUGCACUCAAACGUUCCGGCAGAUCUGUUCUACCUCAAGGAGCAAAUUGAAAAGUGUCAGAAGUACUACAAUGACGAGCAGAUCGUGGUGAAAGGUUUCACCGGAAACGUUUGCAAGACAGAAAGAGGUGUCAAAUAUCUUGGCACCAGAUUGGCCGAAUAUGUGGUUCAAGAGCUGUACAACGAUCGAGUAACAAAAAUCUCAUUUGUCGGGCACUCAUUAGGUGGGCUCGUUCAAGCGUUUGCUGUAGCUUACAUCGCAGCAAACUAUCCUUGGUUUUUUGAAAAGGUGGACCCAAUCAACUUCAUCACACUGGCAUCUCCAUUACUUGGUAUUGUGACAGACAAUCCAGCAUAUAUCAAUAUUUUGUUGUCAUUUGGUAUUGUUGGGAAAACUGGUCAAGAUUUGGGGCUCAAAGAGCAAUCCGAGGCCGAGAAGCCUCUACUGUAUUUUCUUCCAGGAGAGCCAACUAAAACAAUUCUGAAAAAGUUUAAGCGUCGAACUCUUUACGCUAACGCGGUCAACGACGGCAUUGUACCGCUUUAUUCGGCUUCUUUACUUUUUCUCGACUACCAAGAGGUUUUACAACAACUUCAAGAAUCGCCCGACUUCAAUCAAAAAUUGGUGACUACAACUCCCGCUGAAUUUAUCAUGAAGAAUUUCAUAUCUCCCAUUUCUAAAGCCAUUAGCCUGUUGGCGCCUCAAAAGUUUCCAGAGAGUGGCUCAUCAGGAAAAAUCCCAAAGGUUUCCGUAAUAGAAUCCGCGGCUUCCAUAUUGAUACCACCAGUGCCAGAAAAAUCAUACAUCAUGGACCCGGCGACACGAGCUAAUGUCAUUAUUCAUGACAAAUUGUAUACAGAGGCUGACAUUCCAGCAAGAAACUCGCAGUCCGAAAAACAGCUUCUGGGUAGUGACAAUAUGUUAUUGCGAACAUUUGUCGCGAAUUCAGAGAAGUCGUGUCAAAAUCUAGAGGAGGAUAUUGCAAGGCGUUGGCAUGAAGGUCUAACAUGGCGAAAGGUGAUAGUAUGUUUAAAGCCGGACGCUCACAAUAAUAUUAUCGUAAGAAGGAGGUUUUCCAAUGCAUAUGGGUGGCCUAUAGUUGAUCAUUUAACGCAAAAUCACUUCAACGGCAUAGAUACCGAACCCUGCAUUCCCGAUAGCGAGGUCGGGGCACCAGAUAGUAAUGAUUUGGAAUACGAUAACAGCUGGGUCAAUUUCACAGAUAAAAGAAGCCUUUUCGAUGUUGGCCCAACGGGAAUGAUUUCGACAGUUACCGAAAUGCUGGACUCACUAAGCAAGAACAGUCCGAUGUUGAAUCGAAAUUCAAGCUCAUCUCGCAGGCGAGGCAGUAGUUUUGACCAGGACCAACUGUUCAAAUAUGAGCUUGAAAAAAAAGAUUUAACCGGGGAUCCUUUAUAG